GGUGUCGUUUCGGUCACAUGGAAUUAUAAAUUUAUAAGGACCUCGCUUCCUUCUCCGCCCGGAUCGUCGUCACCUUCGUCGCCGGUUUCUUCCACAGUUCCAAAUGCGCUUGACCUUUUAAGCUGAGUAAAACCUCCACAAAACCCUAAUUGCUUGAUUUAAUUUACCGAAAGUAUCCUCUUUAAACCACUUCCUGGGUUUCUUCACUGAGUUCUGGUGAAUUUUCGAGCUUGAGCAGCGUGGUCCUGCUAUCAUCCCUCUAGAGAAGAGCGUUCCUUGUGAUUUAGAUUUUAACAGCUUCGAAUUUCUUAAUUUCUGGAAAAGGGUUUCGCUUAGAUUGUUUAUAAUCGGUUUCUAGGAUUCUGUGCUUCAAAUCUGCGGAGGUUUCGAACUUUUUUUUGUUGUUCUGAUGUACUUGAGAGAAGGAUGCUCCUUGCUGUUGAAAGUUCAGAAGCCCUCGAUUCCUUUUGUCCUCAACACAAAUCUCAAUGGGAACUUCCUUCGAGACGGUCCAAACCCUGCAGAGAUCAAAGAAACCGAUGUGGUGAAGAGGCUGAGACAAGAAUCAUGCGUGCCCUUAGCUUUGCAAUUCUUCAAAUCAAUAGCGAAUUCGAACAUCUUCAAGCACACGCCUUUGACAUACCAUGUCAUGAUCAGGAAACUUGCAGGUGAUGGCCAGAUAGACAGUGUUCAAUAUCUUUUGCAGCAAAUGAAACUGGAAGGGUUCUUGUGUUCUGAAGACUUGUUCAUCAGUGUCAUUAGUGCAUACCGGCAAGUGGGUUUGGCCGAACAAGCUCUGGAGAUGUUCUAUCGGAUACGGGAAUUCGGGUGUGAUCCUUCGGUUAAGAUAUAUAACCAUGUUUUGGAUACUCUGCUUGGUGAGAAUAGGAUUCAGAUGAUCUAUCCGGUAUAUAGAAACAUGAAGAGAGAUGGAUUUGAGCCGAAUGUCUUCACAUAUAAUAUACUUCUCAAGGCAUUGUGUAAGAACAACAAGGUGGAUGGUGCUCAGAAGUUGCUGCAGGAGAUGUCGAAUAAAGGGUGUUCCCCUGAUGCUGUGAGCUACACCACUGUGAUUUCAUCCAUGUGUAUGCUUGGUAUGGUGAAGGAGGCAAGGGAGCUUGCUGCAAGAUUUGAACCUAUUGUGAGUGUUUACAAUGCUUUGAUCAAUGGGUUAUGUAAAAAUAAUGAAUUUCAAGAAGCAUUUGGCUUGAUGAGAGAGAUGUCAGAGAAGGGGGUCCUUCCUAAUGUUAUAUCGUACUCAACGCUUAUCAAUUCUCUUUGCGAUUCUGGAAACAUUGAGCUCUCUCUAUCGCUUUUGGCUCAGAUGAUGAAACGGGGAUGUGAGCCAAAUGUUCAUACACUGAGUUCUCUGGUGAAGGGUUGUUUUGUAACGGGUAAGAUCCUUGAUGCGCUCGACUUCUGGAACCGAUUGAUUAGAGAAGGUUUGGAACCAAAUGUCGUGGCUUAUAACACCAUGAUACAAGGGUUUUGCUUGUAUGGCCAUAUGGACAAGGCUCUAUCUAUCAUUACACGUAUGGAAGAGAACCGACAUUCUCCAAACAUCAGGACAUACAGCUCUCUUAUUGCGGGGUUUGCUAAAGCAGGUAGUUUGGAGGGUGCAGCUUCCAUAUGGAAUAAGAUGCUAACAAAUGGAUGCUGCCCCAAUAUUGUUGCCUAUACAAGCAUGGUGCAAGUUCUUUGUAAGCAUUCCAAGUUCAAAGAAGCUCUUUCUCUCAUAGAGAACAUGUCAGAGGAGCGUUGGUCUCAUGCUGUGGCUGCGUUUAAUGCAUUGAUCAAGGGUUUAUGUGAAGCUGGGAGAUUAGAUUGGGCAGAGAAAGUUUUCAGAGAAAUGGAGCAGAAAUAUCGGUGUUUGCCCAACAUUACAACGUAUAACGAGAUACUGGAUGGAUUCUUGAGGGGAAACAGAAUCAAAGAAGCUUAUGAUCUUAGCCGAGAAAUCUCCAUGAGAGGCAUGGAAUGGAGUCUACCGACAUACAAUACACUUUUGCAUGGAUUCUGCAGCAAUGGUGUGCCAGCACUAGCUUUGCAGAUAGCAGGGAAAAUGCUGGUGGAUGGUAAAUCUCCGGAUGGUAUAACAUACAAUAUGAUCAUCCUUGCAUACUGUAAACAAGGCAGAGCCGAUAUUGCGACCUGUACAUUGGACCGAGUUUCUUAUGGAGGAGGAAACUGGCGACCUGAUGUGAUUUCAUACACUAAUCUGAUAUGGGGUCUCUGCAAAUCUUCUGGUAUAGAUGAGGCUGUGAUUCUUCUCGAGAGGAUGAUGCGUGAAGGGGUUUUCCCAAAUAUUGCCACUUGGAAUGUGAUAGUUCAUUGCUUGUUUGACAAGUUAGGUCAGAUCAGCCCUGUCCAUGGCAUCCUGGAUGAGAUCCUUAGCCAAGACCAGUUGAACAGUGACUCAAACCAGACAUGUGAAGGAACUGAUAGGAUACUACAAGCAGAACAGACAAGACAUGUUUGAGCACAAGCUGUUUGUUGUGAAGCUCUACAUCUGAAAGAAACACUCAGAAAACUGACGUGAGUUUCUGCCAAAAACAGCGUUUGGAGGUCGUAGAGAUUGAAGAAGGGAGAAUUGGGUUUUCUUUAUUUACAUAAAGGAGAAUAAAGGGUACCAAAAUUUAGCCGGGGAAUUCUCAGGCCAUUAUGAAGGAAGGUUAGGGUACAAUAAAAGAGCAGCCACAAAGGUCACAGUUCUUGUUUUUCCCAUGGAAAACUUUGAACAUGAAGAAGAGAAGAGAAGAUGUAUGUCUAUACAAAACCCUCUGCAGUUUCGAAUCUUGAAAUGGCGGCUUCUACUACAUCAAGAAUACAGCUUUUUAUCAUUGCCUCUUUUCCCUUCUCCCUUCUCUUGCUGUUGUUACUGCUAGCAACUGGUGCCAGCACUGUUGCCAGUUUCCUCUGUCAGAUUUCCGACAACUUCAUGAACACUGCUUUUCAGAAUUUA